GAAAAAAGAAAAACCCUGUCUUCUCUCUCCUGUCCUUCCGGAGUCGUCCUCUCUCACUCAUUACAAAGUCUUUUUUCCACAAAACGCACAGACACUGGUCUUCCCCUGUUUGCUAGCUACAGUUUCCAUUCUCCAUUUUUUUCCCCUUUUUGAAAGCUUCUUAUCUCUGUCACUGUUACUGUUCAUUCUGCGCCGCCUCCCUCUGUUUCUUCCUGUAAUCUGGUUUGUUUGCUGUGACAUGGAUGCUCAAGAUCACAAGAAAUCCUCCCAAUCCGAGCAUGAAGGCCGUGGGGUUCAUGUGUGUCAUAAAUGUGGUUGGCCUUUUCCAAAUCCGCAUCCAAGUUCAAAACACAGACGAGCUCACAAGAAGCACUGUGGAAAGAUUGAGGGUUAUAUGAUGAAUGAUUCUGGCUCAGGGCACGGCCCCACUGAUGAUGACCACCUCUCAGAUGAUGAAAUGCAAACCCCAAGCCCCAACAUGGAGAAGGUAGCUGUUAAGGAGCUUGGUAGCAGUGAGGGAACCGGGUUGCUGAGAUCAACGAAAUCGGAAGAUGAAGUUUUCGCCGAUGCAGUCACAGAGUUUUCUGAUAGUGGUUUGAGUCCCGGGGUGGAAGAUCCCCUGGAAAGGGGUGGAAAGCUUCAAAAGAGUGCUGGAAAAGAGCUGGCAUAUGAUCUGGAUGAUAGUCAACAAACCAAGGGUGACGGCACUGCUGGUACUGGGAACACAAGGAACGAGGAGGAGGCUGUUGUAAAUGCAACGACCCAGUUAGAGAAUAAUGAACCUUCAAGUGAUUUCAUAGUUAAGGAAGCUUCAGCUGGUGUUGAUCAAAUUUAUGGCCAGCUGGUUAAAACUUCUGAAGUUGCAUCUGAAAAUAACUUAAAGAGCAUUGACUUGAAUGUUGAUAAACAGGAAGAAAAGGCGUCGAUAUCUUCUGAACUUGAAAGAGAUGUAGAAUUGAAAGAAAGUGUGAUGGAAGUUGAAUGCAGCACUGGACAUGUGGCCCCGGGCAUGUUGGAAACUGAAGGACCCAAACUUGUAUCUGCCACAGAUGAUUUGAAAGAAAAAGGUUCUGAGCAUGUGCUGGACACUGCCGUACCUGAGGAAGACAGAAAAGCUUUAGAUGGUGUAAUUCUGGAACAUAAGUUGCAUGAGGCUGACAUGAAAAAAGUACAUUCUGCAGCAGGUGGUGAAAUUGCUGAACAGGAGCAAGAACUGAGUGCUGAGACCGGAAAUGUGAUCGUGGAACCUGUUCCGUGCAAAGUUUCUACUCUGGGUGAUAUUGAACCAGAGAAAGACCAGACUAUGUUAACUGUGGAGGUUGCAUCUGCCAAAUCUGUUGAUAGUUCUGGUACUUCUCAAGUUGAAGCUGUUAAUACAACAUUAGGAAAUGACCAUUAUAAACAAGGUGAGGAUGACUUCAAGGGCGAAGGCAGUGAAGAAACAUUGUUGGUUUCAAUAUCUGAAGAUUUGCCGGUUACUGAAAAUCCUGAAAUCCUGCUUCAAGAUUUUAAAGACUACAGAGUCCUGAAAUCUACUUUGGAUUUGGGGAACACUGAAGUAACUACUAGGUCCGUGGAAAGUGGUGAGAAGUUACUAUCUGAACCUGAUCCAAGUGCUGUUUCAAGCAUGACCGCUCAUUCAGAGGUUAGUUCUUCUGAAAAUCUUCAGAAAGGAGAUGUUUUAGAGCCUGUUGAAGAGGAAGUUGAUACAUCUGGUUUACAGGGGAUCAAUGAAGAAGGUUCCGGAAGUAAUGCAUUAGAAACACAGCAUAUCGCAAAACCUGAAGUAUCCCAUUUUGGUGAUGACAAAUCAUCACAGAAUGAAUCCACAGUCGAAGUUGAAAAUGGUGCAGAUAUUGUAACGAACAAGAGUGAUCAUGUUACUGCUGAAGGCAGGACAAUUCACUCGAAUAAUAUAUCACAGAAAUAUGAAGAUGGAGUGAUCAUGGAAGCCACUCAGGGACUUGAAAUAGGUAACAACAGUGAAUUAAACUCAAGUGGUGCUGUUGGUGUAGUUUCUGUGGAUUGUCCUGAAAAUGUCGGAGUUGUAUCAGUUGAACUAUCAGAAGCUUCGAUUGACACUAAUGCUCAAAUUUUUACCAGUGCUAUUGGUGGUCUCUCCGAGUCGAAUCCAGAAGGAGAAAAUUUAGUUUCAGAAAAGAUUUCUGAAGAUUCAUUACUUAAUGAGCCAGUACCUAUAUCUGCAGCUUCUGCAAUAUCAGAGGAAAGUUCUGCAGCUGUUGAGGACGUAUAUGUCAAAGAUUCAGCUCCUUCCGAGCCUUCUGUAGCUGAACCGGAUGACAAGCUUACUCUAGUGAAUUCCAGUGUUUCAGCUGUUGAUGACCCUAUUGUUUCAAGCAGCCGAACUGAGAGUUUGGAGGGGAACUGGGGAUCCGUUUCAGGUUUUUACCUUUCUUUUUUUUAGUGCUCAACUGUGGUGAUUUAUUGGAAUCUUUUUUCUAGUUAUAAUAUGAGGCAUCUCUUUAAGUUUUGACUUUCCUGCUGCCUGCAUUACUCACAAAUGGUAUCAAGAUUUAUAAAUUGUGCUUGUGCAUCUGCUGCUUUAGCAAAUUCACUUUGGGAUUGUUUAACUCCAAAUUUUCAAAUGUGCUGCUAAUACAUUAUACUUUUCUCUCUGUGCAAUGUCCUUUGCAACUAAUGUUAGUGAAGGUUGCAUGCUCUUUCUUCUCAUUUGCGCUAAUUAUGAGCUUGCUUGUUGAUGGACUGAACAGUGCUUUCCACCCAGUCAGAUGGGACAACUGUAACUGAUGCUGAUGCCCUGUCAACAGCUGCUCAAGCACCAGAAAAAUCUGCGGAUGCAUCUUCAAAUCAACAGACUGCCACUGAUACAUACCAUAAUGAUAAGUUGGAUGUUUAUGAGCCUCCAUCUUUCUUGUCGUUGGUUGAUUCUCAAUCCAAGCUUAACAAUACAGUUGCAGCUCCUGAAACCAAAACUCUCCCAAAGACUGAACCCUCAAGUUCUGAAGCUGCGCAAGCUGGAUGGAUUCCCUCUCUAACCAACGUGACAAACGAGUCAGAGGGCAGAAAGAAAAAUGAGGAGCUGAUAGCCAAAGUGACCAACUGGAGUUCUGGAAAGCAGCACAGUCCCUUGAAAAAUCUCCUGAAUGAAGCCCAAGCUGAAACAAAACUUAAAACAGCACCAGAAAAACAACUUUCACUCAAGGCUCCCGCAGAUGAAACAGCAUCAAGGAACAAUGGUGCUGGAGUGACUACUGUGAGCUCGAUCAUGGGAUCAGAAACUCCAGUUCAUGAUGCAUCUAAGAGAGAGAUGGAGAAGGAAUGGAACUCUCCAGCGAGAUAUCCAACUGAGAUUAAGAAGGAAAAGAAGAAAAGUAAGCCGUAUUGGGUACCAUUUGUGUGCUGCUCUUCUGUACAUCGCGAUAUGUGAUUCAUCAGUUAAUCGGUUUCAGGCGGAUUGAGAGGCAGUUAAUACUUUAAAUGUUCCCAUCGGACGGUUUUGCAAUUACACUUCUGUACACCUUUUGACUGAAAUUGCAGUAGUGUUUGUGUAGUAUUCCUAGUUGGCCUUAGCCUGUUAUAUAUUCCAGGUACGGAUUGGUUUUGUCCUAGAAAUAUUGCAUCAAUUUCUUGGUGUAUAUAUAAAUUCUUGCGUUCCUUCUUCGAUAAGCAUAAAUUCUGCC